GGGCCGCCGAUUCACCCCCGCACCGGCCCCACCAACAGAAAACAAUCCCCCGCCAUGACGUCCCCGCCGUACAUUCAAUCUAGAACAAUCAAAUUGACCCCUUAAAGCAAACUCAUCACAAACAGCUGUUGCCAACGAGGAGAGAAUACAUCUAAUUCACUCAUAAAUCUCCUCAUAACUCGUCACAACAUAUCUCCCCAAAAAGAAUGGCGACUUCAAGCAUGCACUACGCCCACUGCGGCGCAAACGACGGUUGCAAACUCGCCUUCCAAUCCUCACUUCCCCUCACCGGCGCCGCCUCCGCAACCCGCUGUGUCCUCCUCAUGCACGGCUUCAGCGGCUCUUCAGACUACUUUUACCGCAACGCCGAUGAAAUCGCCUCCGACGACAUCUGGGUCGUCGCCCCGGACAUGCGCGGCCACGGCAAAUCGGACCGCACAAAGGGCGGCUACCACGUCGCCCGCCUGGCCGCCGACCUCCGCGACCUAGUCCACCACCUGCGGCGCGCCGCCUCGCCCGACCUCAAGAUUAUUCCCGUCGGCUGCUCCAUCGGUGCCGCGGUGCUCUGGACGUACGUCGAGCUCUUUGGGUGCGCGGAUUUUGCGGGUCUCGUGUUUGUCGACCAGGCGCCGUUGCAGGAUCGCUCGCAGUUUGACGGGUGGGACGAGAGCUUGGCGCAUACUGGCUGCUACGACGAGAAGAGCAUGCUCGGCGCGCAGAAAUUCUGGAUGGAGAAUUCGGCGGCGGCGCAUGUUGAUCUCGUGGACGGGUGUUUGGGAUACCGCGCGAAGCCUGAUGCGGCGGACAACGUCUCGGCUGAAGUGAGGAAGAAGGAUGAGGACUUCUUCACGGGGAUCAGUGCGCUGUGCGGUCAGGCGUGGCUUGCGAGGUUGUUGGCGGACCAUACGCGGUACGACCACCGCGAGGCGAUUGAGAUGAUUAGCGUGCCGACGCUGGUGAUGGCGGGGCGCAAGUCCGGGUGUUUCCCGCUCGAGGGGAUGCGUGAGACCGUUAGGAGGGUGGAGAAGAACCGGCCUGGUCUGGCAACGUUUUCUAUCUAUGAGGCUGGACAUUGGUUGUUCUAUGAGAAACCUGAGGAGUUUAAUCAGGAGAUUCGCGAGUUUGUGGGGCUGUGCACGAUGUGAGAUGGUAAGAAAGGGAAGCUGGAAGACGGAUGGGUAUGCUAGGUGGUGAUCUGUGCUGCAACAGCUGAAUGACCAUGGAUAGAGCGACGCGGGCUUAUACGCUUCAUGAAACGCAAAUGAGAUUAGAAAAUACCAGAGUCUAAAGAUGAAAACUCCA